AUGUAUCAAUUGGAAAGUAAAUGGUACUUUUGUAGAGCGGUAGUCGAAGCUGUAGUAUUAGUAUGGUCGGAGAAUUGUUUCCUAUGUAUCGACAUCAUAGCCAGGCAUACAAACGUUCUCCAAUACAAAGAAAGCCAUUGCACACACAGACAAUCGCUGGCCGCCACGUGCAAUUCCAUACGAACGGACGCCAUUUUGAAAACUCUUGUUCGAGCAUCAUUAUCAUCAUCAUCAACAGUAACAUCAUCAUCAACAUCAUCAUCGUCGUCGUCAUCAUCGUCAUCAUCGCCAUUUCAAGUUAAUGCAGUUCCAAUUCAAUGCCCAUUCAAUAAAGAAACAAAAAUGGAAGAUGAUGAUGAAGAUGAAGAUGAAGGCGAUGACGAUGACAACAACGAUGAUGUUGAUUUUAAUGGGAAUCGGUACAAAAAAGAUGCCGAUGAUGAUGAUGAUGAUGGAGAGAGUGAAGGAGUGAAGGAAAUAAAAAAGAAGGAUGCCAAGAUUUUGUACCGCUCAAUCAAUCAGAACAAUAAGAAUAACAAAAUUAUUCAUAACAAUAAUAUUAUCUAUAAAAACGGCCAUAAUAGCAACAAAAAUAAAAGUAAAAGUAGUCAUAAUAAUAAUAGUAAUAAUAAUAAUAAUAAUAAUAAUAAUAAUAAUGAUGAUUACGACAACUACAAUAAUGCGAGUUAUUACAAAGGCGGUGAGGAUGACGAUGAAGACGACGAUGACGACGAUGAUGAUGAUCGCGGUUAUAGUGGGGACUAUCAGUUUGUGUACAGCAAUCAUUCAGGGGGUUUCUGCCGGACCCCACCCUCCACGGCUCAUCCCUGCUCGGCCGGAAGUAAGUACCGUUUCCGGUUUAAAAAAUGUCCCGGGACCGUCUACACGUCUGAUGCCGGUUUGUGA